UGUUCUCCUAAUUAUGACCCACAUAUGUCUUAUCAAAACCGAGUACAGGUAGGCUUACUGUCGAAUAAUGCAGUGGAGUAAAGAGCAGAAGAAGAAGUAAAGAGCACAUUUCCCUCGGAAAAGCAGAAGUAUAAAGCAGCAUAAGAUGGAAGAAGUAGCUCAGAAGCAUACAGCAGCCUACUUGGGUACAUUGUUGAUCCAGCUCAGGGUUUGUGGAGGAGCCUGCAGCAGUGGGUAUGUUGGAUGUUAUUUCCUUGGUCCCCGACAGAGGUCGCUAAAGGGCACGUGCUGAGCACGGAGGCCCUGGAGCUGAAAGUGAAAGCAAGCAGCAGCCAGGUCUUCACUGUGUCCCCAGAAACAACAGCGUGCUGCUGCACUUUAGAAGAACUCUGCAGAAUGGAGUUUAUCACAGACAUCACUAUCAUCAUUGAUGGAGCUGAUUUCAAAGACCCUGGAAGGUUAAUGGAGAUUCUUCAGUCUUACAGUCCUGAGAAAAAAGCUGCCUGCUACAGAGUGAGAGGAACCUACGAGGAGCUGGAGAACCUUUCUUUCAGACUGUCAGCAGCGCGGCUUCACUCCAGUCCAGCCACACAUGCACUAACCUGUCAGCACGAUGAACUUGCUUCAGCUCAUGUCAAAUCUGUGGAUGUAUCUGGGGUUGUUAUGGCCUACAUUGAGCAAAAAUGUGCAAAAGAACUUAGCAAAAUCCAAGGCAACAAUUUUGUCUUUGAAACACAGCCUGACCUCAGUACAGUACACGAUAAACCCAACAGCACAGUACGCGUGACUUUCAGACCACGCCAUGCCUCCGUAAAUCCUGUUCAUGCUGACUUUGUCAGACAGCGAUUCAUCACAUUCUACCAGAGAACUGCCUCCGACCUGCAGGUCACAUCUGUCCCUGUGAGUCCACAUGACCACGAAGACCUGCAGAGGAGAUUUCCACACCUCCUUUUUAAAACCAGCGACAACAAAUAUGAAUUAACAUCGACCGGGCCUUUUGUGCACAUUGCUAAAUUGAAAGAGUUCCUUUUACAAAAUACGCCAAGCUCAAGCAAGAGUCCAGUGAACAAAGGUCCAGCAGACACUCCAAGCAGCAGAACCUCAGGUCCUUCAUCUACACACAGCAAAGAUCCUAAAAAUGAAUCAUGUCCAAUCUGUAUGGAACCAAUAGUAACAACAGAGAAAGAGACUCUGCGCUGCAAGCACUCGUUCUGCAGAAACUGCCUAAAAACAGCCUUUGACUACAAACCUGUAUGCCCGACAUGUGGAGAGGUAUACGGCAUUCUGACUGGGACACAACCUGACGGAGGCAGAAUGAAUGCCACCAAAACCUCUUCAUCUUUGCCUGGAUAUGAGAAAUAUGGAACAAUAAUGAUCCAUUAUUACAUUCCAAGUGGCAUCCAAAAGGAGGAGCAUCCUAACCCGGGUCAGCCAUAUGAAGGUGUAUCCCGUACAGCCUAUCUCCCAGACUCCUCAGAGGGCAGAGGGAUCCUGAAGCUGCUGAUGCGAGCCUUUGAUCAGAGACUCAUCUUCACUGUUGGUCAGUCCACCACCAGUGGCAGGAACAAUACAGUCACAUGGAAUGAUAUUCACCACAAAACCUCAACACAUGGAGGACCAACUCACUAUGGAUACCCAGAUCCCGAUUAUCUCAGCCGAGUUCGAGAUGAACUGAAAGUCAAGGGAAUUGAAUGAGUCACUUUAAAGUUUGUCAACACAUGAAUGUAGAGCUAAGAUGACAUUCAAUUGCACAACUAUCUCGAAAACGUUAUGUACAAGCAUCUUAUCCCAUUUUAAAAUGCACCCAUGAAAGCAGAUGUAAGGGAUUAUGGCAGAGGACUUCAAACCAGGAAGGAUAAUUAAUAUCAUUUUAAUGUAAUUUGAUGUUCCAUAAAUAAUGACAUUAAUUAUUAAUUAAUCACAUUAAUCAACCAUAGCUUCAACUGUCUUUUUUCUGUUUUUGAUUUUUAUUAUUGUUUGCUGACUUAUUUUGUUUUAUUUAUGUAUGAAAUCACUAAAUAUGGAAAAACUGAUUUGAAAAUUAACAGUCAAUUCUUAUUUGUCUGUUGAAGGUUCUUUAAAAUUAAUUAAUUAAUAGUCUAAUUUGGUGGUGAGGCAAAGAGCUAACUGGGCUCUCUUGUAUAUAGUAUUUAGAAUUUUACAACAACAGUAGCUUGUGUAUUGUAUACAUUUUUUCAAUUCAUUGUAUUCUGUCAUGGCACAGGCACUACCGGUGAGAUGAUUUGUUGUUAGGUCUGGGUAUUUAAAUACCACUAAGUCUUUCAGCUCAUUUAGGUCAACAAAUAGAAGCAGACAGAAACUGAACCAAAAGUGAAAUCACUUUUUCACACAGGGCCAUGUAGGUUUGGAUUUUGUUUUCCCUUAAUAAUAACAACCUUCUUUUAAAAACUGCAUUUUGUGUUUACUUUGAAACUGAACCAAAAUCUUCAGGGAUGAGGGUUAUCAUUCAUUGUUCAUCACAGUCUCAAUGAAAAUUGCUUGCUAUCAUCUAGUCUCCUCUCUCCGGCGUCUGCCCUCUGACAGGAGAAUCAUAUUAGAUAAGACCCACCUUCUUGUAACAUGGCAACCUGUGACCAUGACAAUUCACAAACUUUUAGUUUUUAAUGUCGUUGAAGACAUUUGACAGAUAUUACUGUUGUCACAUGAGUUAUUGAGAUCCUUUUGGAUAUAGCUUCCUUCAGCCUUCAUUCAGCCCAGCUCCUCUCAGUCCAAAACAUGGACAUUUUUGUCCUCAAGAUGUAGAUGUAGGCAAGUCAGUUUUAUUUAUAUAUCCCAAUAUGACAGAUUUGCCUCAGGGGGCUUUACAGUCUGUACAGCAUACGUCCCCCUCUGUCCUCAGACCCUCGAUUCGAAUGAGGAAAAUCUCCCCAAAACCCCUUUAACAGGGAAAAACUGGAAGAAAGCUCAGGAAGAGCCGCAGAGGACGGACCCCCCUCCCAGGACGGACAGACAGGAAGUAGAUGUCACAUGUACAGAAUAGACCAACAUAAUAAAAUUACAUAAUGGACAAUCAGGAUGACAAAAUUAUAAAUAGAUCGUAACAUAUAUGAAGAAUUUGGAUGUUGAUCAACUUCAGGUGUCGCCCAACAGACCGGAGUCACAGGACCUCCUCUCCACCAUGGAGACCUGGAAGAGGACAGACUACACAAACACACAAGAGGCUGAAUCUCCGGGAGGACGAAGAGCCAGAUCUAAAACAUCUGGAGGAGGCACGGACAGCCAGGAGAGAGAGAGACGUCCCAGGACGGCUGAUGGUCCAGCACAGAGAAGCCGGAGUGAAAAGAGGACAAGGAGGAGAAACUAGGGAGAGAGAGAGAGAGGCACACAGCUGUGCUCGUGGGACACAGACAGACAGAGGGUUAGAGAGAUGCAGUGGUUUUCAGAAAGUUUACAGUUUUCUUGUACAACAUGGACAAUUACAGUAAGUACUUGGCUUAAUAGAUGAAUUGAGACUGAGACCGACCCGGUGGACGGAUAAUGUUAACAUGUACAGGGUAAUCAAAAAUAAGCAGCUAACUGAAAGUUAAGACAAAAAGAUGAGUUUUAAGUUUGAGGUCAACGGAGGUUAUUCCAGAGGAAGGGGGCCCUGCAGCCAGCUGCCUUCUUUUUAACUCUGGGGACAGACAGGAGGCCUGUAUUCUGAGAGCAGAGAGCACAGGAUGGGAUAUAAGGUUUAAGGAGAUCAGGGAGAUAAGGAGGGGCAAGCACGUUUCCAAUUUUAUAAGUCAUCAGAAGCACCUUAAAGUCUGAUCUGACAUGGAUAGGGAGCCAAUGAAGGGAAACUAAAAUUGGUGAAAUAUGGUUUCUGGUUUAGUUAAGAUCCUAGCUGCAGCAUUCUGAACCAUUUGAAGCCUUUUAGUAGUAGUGUGCGGUAGGCCAGGCAACAAAAGGUUACAGUUAUCAAGUCUACAUUAAACAAAGGCGUGAAUUAGGAUCUCUCCAUCAGCCGAGGACAGAAAAGACCUAAUUUUAGCUGAGUGUUGCGUAGGUGGAAAAAGGCCAUCUUGGUGAUUUCUUUAAUGUCUGAUCAAAAGAGAGAGUAGGAUCAAAUGCAACACCCAGACUCUUGGCUGUCAAACUUUGAGAAAUGACAGAGUUAUCAAGAGUCACUGUUACUUGAUCAAACUUGUGUCCAUGUUGAGCAGAGCCAAUGUCCAGUAUCUCAGUUUUAUCAGAAUUUAGGAGCAGGAAAUUUUGUGACCUCCAGGAUUUCACAGCUGACAAGCAGGGGCCUCAUUUUUAAAAAUGUUCUUAGAUUUAUACUUGAACUUAGUCUUAAGAUAAUUUCAGGCAGUGUGCUUAUGUUCAAUUCAUAAAAGAUACUGAGCAAAAAAUCUUGCUUACGCUGGUUCUAAGAAGCCCAUUUGUAACUUACGCACCUGUGAUCUAUAAAUCUCAAAUUAACUUAGAAUUGAUGGCACCUGCCUUACAAUCAGCUGUUUCCCCUUAUAUAAUGCAAGCAUUAAUGAGGGUUUAGUCAGCAGUAGCCAUGGAUCAUCAUGCGCAAGAAAGUCAUUCCAGUCUCUGAAAACUCUCUCCCGUCUAAAAGCACAGUUUUUAAUGUCUUCCAAUGACGCAAGAACAGCCAUGGUUACUUCUUUCUAAUUUGACACACCAUUUAUAGAACAUUGCAUCCUGUUUUUAAUUAACACCUCACACUUUUAAUUUAUAAUACCUAUCACAUUGUUCAUAAAGCUAAUGCCAAGUUCACGACAGGCUUGGGCGCAUAUACGUCCCAAACGUUGAAUACCUAAACCGAAAAAAGAUUAGCUUAUAAUUGACAAUUGGAGCCAUUAGUUUACUCAAUAAUGGUUAUAAAUUAUUUGCUGUUGUAUUUGCCAAGCGAUUUAAAAGUGUUCUAGAUUCAGUUAUAGAUGAAACUCAAUCUGGAGUAACAGGCAUAUUUUCAAUAACAUAAGACUGGUGUUUGAUCUUAUUGAUUACUCUGAACUGAUCACUGUGGAUAGUUUUAUACUUUUUCUUGAUUUUUACAAAGCCUUUGACACAGUUAAGCAGCCCUUCAUUUUUUAUUGUAUUGAAAGAUGUGGAUUUGGAACAUAUUUUCACAAUGCAAUGAAAACCCUCUAUGCAAAGCUCGGUGAAAUUAAGCGAUGGUACUAAAAGAUUCUGUCUGGCAUACGGCAAGGUUGUCCGGUCUCUGUUGACCUAUUCCUAAUUGUUGCACAAGUGCUUUGUCACUAUAUAAAAGUAACUUAGAAGGUAUCUCUAUUGCUGGUAGAAAUAUUAUAUUAAGCCAACUGGCAGAUGACACAGCUUUAUUCUUGAAAAACUAUUGAUGUAUUCUCAAAAGCUUCAGGUCUCUGUCUAAAUUUAAACAAAUGCUUUAAAAAACUGUGAUGUAACCUCAAUUAAUGAAAUACCUGUCAAGAAAAAAGUAAAUUAUUUAGGCAUCCUUGAUAACAUAGAUCAACAAGAUAGAUGUUCUCUUAACUUUAGUCCAAUGAUUAAAAAAGCAGUAAAUAAAUGUAAUCUUUGGUUACAAAGCUCAAAAGCUGAAGGCAUAUCUAGGCUUGUUUAUGUUGCAUCUUCUUUAUUUCUUGAUUAAAAAAACUGAUCAAUUGCUAUUUAAUUUUUUGUGGAAAAAUCGCAUAAACUUCAUUAGAAAAUCUGUAGUCAUCAAUUCUUGCAAAAAUGGUGGUCUUGACUUGACUUCUCCACUUUGAAUAACAUGUUUAAGAUUAACUGGUUAAAGCAUUUGUUUUUGUUUUUUUGAAAAAUUACAUGUGGAACUUCAUUCCCAAAUUUAUUUUUGAUCAGAUUGGUGGACUCGCCUUCCUACUGGUAUGUAAUUAUAAAAUAAAUAAAAUGUCAGAUAAACUGUCAGAUUUUCACAAACAGGCUUUAUUGGUGUGGAAUCUAAUUUACAAGCACCAUUUUGCACCACAACGUGCAAGGGUUUUUCACAUCAAGCUCAUGUUUCUUUGGUUAAUCCUGUUGACACUCCUUGUGGGAAAAUUUGUUUCUCCCCACCCUGUGAGAAUAAUAACAGAGCUAUUCGCUCUCUGUUUCAGAGUGAGGUUGUCACAAAGCCUUAUGUCAUUACAUAUUGGAGUAACUUUGCUAAGAAUAUUCGUUGGAUAAAAGUUUGGUCAUUGCCUCACAACUACUUUAUUACUAAUAAGAUUUGAGAGGUUUCCUUUAAAAUUAUAUACAAGUUUCACCCUGCAAAGCAUUUUCUCAGGAAAUUUAAGGAUGAUCAAAAUAUAAAUUGUUCUUUUUGCACAGCUCAACCAGAAGCUGUGCCCCAUCUUUUCUGGCAUUGUCAACACUCAGAUUUUGCAUUACUUUAUGAACAUGUUAUAUUCAGAUUCUUUAACUAUCAGGAAUCCUGAGGAAAAGGUAUGUAUCAUGAAUCUAAUUAUUAUUCUAGCCAAAUUCUAUAUACAUAAGUGUAAGUUUGCAAACCAAAUGCCCCUUUUUACUGUUUUUUACAAAGAUUUUGAACAGUACAUAACUGUUAAAUUUUGUACCAAUAAAAAGGCCAUAAAAACUGUAAGGGCGUGUGUUGCCUAUAAAUUCUGUAUGUAAAUAAAAUGUAAUGUUAGCUGUUCUGAGCACA